AUGGACGCCAUCAUCGACCUCAUUCCCCCCAAGGUCGCAGCCUAUAUCCCUGGCCUUGACACGUCGGCAUACGUGUACGCCACCGGUGCGGACUUGAUCAACUUUGAUAAGCGCAGCUUCUGGAUUUCCGUCGCCUCCAUCGUCUUCAACCCCCUCUACUGGAACAUCCUCGCGCGCCAUGAGUACCGCGAGAAGACGCUGCAGAAGAUCUUCGGGGGUUCACUCGGUGCUACCUACUUCUUCUUCGUGACCAUCUUCUCGCUCGGCAUCCUCCGUGACUACCUUUACGAGCGCGCCAUCGCUGAGCAGCCGCACUGGGAACUCCUCACUCACCCAGGAUUCAAGGCGCUCGCCCUCGCCCUCUUCGGCCUCGGCCAGCUCUUCGUCGUCACCUCGAUCUACGCACUCGGCCUCACCGGCACCUACCUCGGCGACUACUGCGGCAUCCUCAUGUCGCACCGCGUCACCAGCUUCCCAUUCAACGUCCUUGAGGACCCGAUGUACGUUGGCUCGACGAUGGCUUUCCUCGGCACUGCCAUCUGGUGCGAGAGCGCAGCGGGUCUCGCGAUCUCGGCGCUCGUGUGGAUCAUCUAUGCGAUUGCCCUCAAGUACGAGGGGCCCUUCACCGGCAUGAUCUACGAGAAGGCCGCCGAGGUUAAGGCAGAGGCAAAGCGUGAUGCCGAGGAGGCCAAGGAGUCCAAGACGAGCGCCCCGGCCCCGUCGACUCCUCCCCGCAAGUCGGAGCGUCUUGCCGAGGCUGCUACCACCGCCACCGCAUCCACGGCCGCACCAGCCGCGACUGCUAACGGGGCGGCGACGCCCCGCCGCCGCGCAGCAGGACGCAAGAGUGCCAUCGCCAACGAGACCCUCGCGGCGAGCCCUAUGCGCGUAACCCGCAGCCGCUCCAAGGCUCGCUCCGACGCCGAGGGCAGCGAGUAA